CCCAAUUCUUCUUCUCACUUACCCCAUCAUCAUCAUCAUCAUCAUCAUCAUCUCAAUCCCACUCCUGCUCUUCUUCGCUUCUCCGUCUGCAUCUCUCCCACCCCUUUCUCUCCAUAUUUUUAAAUUAUUCUCUUUCUCUCGAUUGAUUGAUUGGUUUAUUAGGGGGUUUCUCUGGGUUUGUGAACUGCAGGGCUGGAAAUCGCUGGCCGGGUUCUCUCGGGUCGGGGCGAGGAGAAUGGCGACCAAAGUGGACAGCAUUCAGCAUGACCCGGCGUGUAUUUCCUACCUGAGGCAGAGAGAAGCUGCGGAAAUCGAUGAAUUGCUCAUGGGUCCUCUUGGGUUCAGCGUUGAUCAGCUCAUGGAAUUGGCUGGCCUUAGUGUUGCCACUGCAGUAGCAGAGGUCUAUAAACCUAGCGAAUACAGUAAAGUCCUUGCUAUUUGUGGUCCAGGAAAUAACGGUGGUGAUGGUCUUGUAGCGGCCCGCCAUCUUCACCACUUUGGUUAUAAACCUGUUAUCUGUUACCCAAAGCGCACUGCUAAACCUCUCUAUAGUGGUUUGGUGACUCAGCUUGAAUCACUGUCAAUUCCUUUCUUGUCUGUGGAAGAUCUUCCAAUGGACUUAUCAGAAAACUUUGAUAUCCUUGUUGAUGCCAUGUUUGGAUUCUCAUUCCAUGGUACACCAAGACCGCCUUUUGACGAUUUAAUUAGGAGACUUGCAGCAUUACAGAGUAAUGAGUUAAGACAAAAUAAGUCACCAGCUAUUGUCUCUGUUGAUAUUCCAUCUGGAUGGCAUGUUGAAGAAGGAGAUUUGAGCAGUGAAGGCAUCAAACCUGACAUGCUUGUUUCUUUAACUGCCCCUAAACUGUGCGCCAAACGGUAUUGUGGGCCGCACCAUUUCCUAGGGGGGAGAUUUGUUCCAUCGUCUAUUAUUGACAAAUAUAAGCUCCAAUUGCCCUCAUACCCCGGAGCAUCAAUGUGCGUUCGCAUUGGAAAGCCACCAAGAGUUGACAUAUCAUCGUUAAGAGAAAAUUACAUCUCCCCGGAGCUUCUUGAGGAGCAGGUUGAGUCAGAUCCCUUUGUUCAGUUCGAAAAGUGGUUUGAUGAUGCAUUAGCAGCUGGAUUGAAGGAACCCAAUGCUAUGGCCUUGUCCACAGCUGGAAAUGAUGGGAAACCUUCUUCGAGAAUCGUUUUGCUAAAGGGAGUUGGCAAAGAUGGCUUUGUUUGGUUCACCAAUUACGGAAGCCGUAAAGCUCAGGAAAUAUCUGUAAAUCCUCAGGCUGCACUCCUUUUUUAUUGGGAUGAUUUAAACCGCCAGGUAAGAAUAGAAGGAUCUGUACAGAAAGUAUCUGAUGAGGAAUCUGAGGAGUACUUCCAUAGCCGUCCACGUGGAAGCCAGAUUGGAGCCAUAGCAAGCAAGCAGAGCACAGUGAUCCCGGGACGCCAAGUUCUCCACUCCGAAUACAAAGAGUUGGAAGUGAAGUACUCUGACAGGAGUCUGAUUAUUCCAAAGCCAACAAACUGGGGAGGAUACAGGCUAAAACCAGAAUCGUUUGAAUUCUGGCAAGGCCAACAAUCUCGCUUGCACGAUAGGUUACGCUAUUCUUCGAAGGAGAUUGAUGGUGGAAAAAGAGUAUGGAAAAUUGAGCGAUUGGCUCCAUGACUAACAAUGGCUUCUCUGUAAUGAUCAUCAGAUCUUACCACCUUUCAAGUGUCAAAUGAACUAUUCAUUCGUCUUGCGAGAUGGCGGAAAGUGGUGCGCGGGUCCCACUCCCGACAGCAUCGACAAAAACUACAGCUCAAUUUAUCUUCUCUCAACCUAAUUCUAGGGUGGAUGGUCUUGAGGGAUCCUAAGGAUGGAAAUCAUCAUUAGUUCCUUCUAAGAAUUCAAUUCUCUGAAUGGGUUACAAAAC